UCCCCUCUCAUUUGUUUAUGUCCUAAGAUUUUCUUUUUUAGGUUUCUUCAAUGUAAGUGGGAAAGCAUAUCUAUAUUAUCUACCAUCGCUUCCUUUUUCUUGGUCCAGUUCUUUUUGUCGGCAAUCCUAUCUUUUAGACAAGAAGUCGCCCCAUCUGUUGAAGGGGCACAAGGCAGCAGAAAUCAAUAUUCCUGCUGAAAGUUUUUCAUUGUUAAUUAGUCUGGAAAAUCCUGUGUGUGUGAGCGCAGCUGUUUGGAAUCAGCAUCAACAGUUAUAGUGGUUCCCUUCCACAUUGAUGUGACGUGAGAUGAAAGCACAAACAAAUAGACGAUCCAAAUGGAUGCCCUGCUACGGCUCCCCGGUUGAGGAGUCAGCGCUCUCCAGAUGGACAGUUCAGAAGAUUCACGCACACACACAGAUUACCUUAUCCUUGAUGGAUCAAAACUUAGUUAAGAGUUUACUUACCCUUCGAUAAUCUGCUUGGGAUCAAGUUAUUAUCGCUGUCGUUGAGAUAUAAACCAUUUGGGCGGUCCUGAAGCAGUCUAGUGUCGGGAGUUUUAUUACGUUUUAGUGACAACAGAUAGCGACCAUCAGUAAAAUGUAAAUGCUAAAACAUUGUGAGAUCUCAACUUGGAAUCUGUUUUCGCUCUAAGCUUUCUUUUUGUAGCAUGCGGUAUGGAUAAGUUCCCUGACUUCUUCCCUUCUGGGAUCUAGUGUCAACUCUUUUGAUGGGCACAGCAUGGCAAGAGCAACAUUGUGGCAUGAAGAGAGCUGCAGGGGCCCAUAUGCAUCAAACAUUUUUAAAGGCUGCCUAGAGGAUAGUCCGACCUGUCUACUUCGAUCGGACGCCCAUAUUUCAGGACCAUACACAUCGGUUACAUGAAAUGGGCCAAAGCCCAAGCAAGCCCACGUAUGGGGGGAAUUAGCUAAACCAGUUACAGUAUUUUAUUAUUCAGUCAUAAACCUGGACUUCCGAUGGUUGUUGAAGGCUGGAUCCACGACUGCCAUCUGAUCUUGAUCACACGGUCCAGCAAAAUCACUGCACGCUGUUGAAGUCGGUCAAAGAGUGCUAGUUGCGGCACGUGCAGAAUUUAGCCGCUUGCUGGGACAAACCAGGCUCGGUCGGUCCUCGGGCGGUUCGUGGCGGACCCCAACACGUGCGCUGGGAUCUCCAAAACCCAGGUUCCGAGACCGGGGACAUAAACUUACCCGCGGAGCAGCGCAAUCUCUCCCCUCCUUCAGCGCCCGAUCCGUCCGAUCAGCUUCUGCUCUCUCCUCUUCGGGUGGCCAUGGCCGACCAAGGAAACGAUAAAAACGGGACCCCCGUACGGGCCCCAUUCCGGCCGCGUUCUGGCGGGCCCCAUCCGGCCUUCCCUCGUCAACGGUCAACGCCCUUCUCCAAUUGGGUCGUCGCCGCUCUCGUCAAAUCCAGUAAAUCUUGAUGCAAACAAUACAAUUUCUAACCACCAAUUCGUUAUAUUCGAUCGUCUAAAUUAGUAAAUCUUCCAAGGACUUUCUCCUCCUUAAUGCUUCUCCUUCUUCCAAUCGAACGCCAUAAUCACCACCUUUAUGGAUCUGUUAUAAAAUUGAUCAAAUACGCAGACGACCGUAUCGCUGUUUGGUAUGGAUUGAAGUGGUUCCACUCCUCAUCAUUUGAUGAAAGGCCUCCCCUUGGAGAGGAUUGCUGCUUCCAUGGUCUCAUGUCUCCCUGAAUGCAAUGGCGGCAGGGGCCCAUUUCCACAUGGCAGGAGAUUGGUUUGGGUCUUGGAUCAUAGAUAGCUCCACUGCAGAUUCGAGCUGGGGGAGGGGGCAAGCUCUGGUGCUUUGUGUUUAUCUAUUUUAUGAGUAGAUUAUGGGGAGCGUUGAGGCCAUAUGGGUGGUUUUCCUAUGUCCUCUUUGUGGCAUGAAUGGGAGGCCUCGACAGCCAAUUGUUAAUUCUGUCCAAAUGGGGCUCCUUUGUUUAGAUUGUGGCACUGGCGAGGGCUUCAAUGAUGUGGGAUCGUAUGAUUCAUCUGGCCGUUUUGAGUUCUGAGGCUUCCCAUCAUGGCAACCUGGAUGGAGCUCUGAGGAGUUUGUCUCUAGAUUUUAGUUUUUGCUCCGAGAGGAUAUUUUAGCUUAGGAGGUGCUUCCAUACAUUGAGGCAAAUUGCCUGGAAAGAUGGAGUUGCCGGUCGGACAGCAGAGCUUCCGCCGGAAGAAGAUGACGAAGCAGCUGACGGGGAAACGGGAUGACACUCCAUUGCAUUCGGCUGCAAGGGCAGGAAAUUUGACUGUGGUGAAGGAGAUCAUUUCAGGUGCCAAUGAGAAGGGAUUGGAAGAGUUGCUGAUGAAGCAGAAUCAGGCAGGAGAAACUGCGCUCUUUGUUGCCGCCGAGUAUGGGUAUGUUGAUGUGGUGAAUGAAAUGAUCAAGUACCAUGAUGUUGCGAUGGCUGGAAUGAAGGCUAAGAAUGGUUAUGACGCUCUGCACAUAGCCGCCAAGCAAGGGGAUGCAGAUGUUGUAAAGGAGCUUUUGAUGGCUCUUCCAGAGCUCUCCAUGACUGUGGACUUAUCAAACACCACAGCAUUACACACUGCUGCCACACAAGGUCAUAUCGAGGUGGUGAAUCUCCUAUUGGAAGCUGAUGGGAGUUUGGCACUAAUUGCAAGGAGCAAUGGUAAAAGUGCUCUGCAUUCUGCUGCAAGGAAUGGCCACCUGGAAGUUGUCAAAGCCCUUCUGAACAAAGACUCUGGAAUUGCUACUAGAACUGAUAAGAAAGGACAGACUGCACUUCACAUGGCAGUCAAGGGAACAAGCUUAGACCUAGUCGAGGAGCUUCUCAAGUGCAAGCCCACUCUGGUCAACUUGGUGGAUGCAAAGGGCAAUAUGGCGCUUCAUAUAGCAGCUAGGAAGGGUCGUACUCAGAUUGUAAGAAGACUUAUUGAGCUCAAGGAAAUCGAUAUUGCAGCUAUCAAUAAAUCAGGAGAGACGGCGCUCGACACUGCUCAGAAAACGGGAAAUACAGAUGUUGCCACCAUAUUAGUAGAGCAUGGUGUCCAGAAUGCGAGGACCAUCAGACCCCCAAAUCCUGCUCGCGAACUGAAGCAACAAGUAAGCGAGAUAAAGCACGAGGUCCACUCCCAGCUCGAGCACACCCGCCAGACCAGGAAACGCGUGCAGGGGAUUGCAAAGAAGUUGAACAAGCUGCAUGCUGAGGGCCUCAACAAUGCAAUCAAUUCCAACACUGUUGUUGCUGUCCUCAUUGCCACUGUAGCAUUCGCAGCCAUCUUCACCGUUCCUGGCGAAUAUGUAGAUUCUGAAAACCUCGCCCUUGGGCUCAGUCUAGGGGAAGCCAGCAUCUCACACCAAACACCUUUCAUGAUCUUCUUCAUCUUCGACUCUGUGGCUCUCUUCAUAUCUUUAGCUGUCGUGGUGGUGCAAACAUCCAUAGUGGUUAUAGAGAGCAAGGCGAAGAAACAAAUGAUGGCAGUCAUCAACAAGCUCAUGUGGCUGGCCUGCGUGCUUAUAAGUGUUGCAUUCCUUGCACUGUCUUUCAUUGUAGUGGGGAAGCAUGAGAGGUGGUUGGCUGUUGGAGUGACGAUUAUAGGGACCACCAUAUUAGCCACAACGUUGGGCACCAUGCUCUACUGGGUGAUUGCCCAUCGGAUCGAGGCUAAGAAGCUGAGAAGCAUCAGAAGGUCGUCGCUUAGUAGGUCCCGAUCAUUUUCUGCCUCCUGUCUGUCAGAUGGGGAAUUGUUCGGCAAUGAGUACAAGAAAAUGUAUGCUAUUUGAGAAUGAGAAGCCCAGGUUUUCGACUGCGCUGUGGCUGGCCGGCCUACCUCUUACCACAAUGCAUGUCUGCCAUUUAAUUGUCUUGAGUUCCUUCCCCGGCAGCAAUGCUUGCUUGGACUGGAAGGACAAGUGCAGGGAAGAAUGUUCAAGAACAGGUGAGGGAAGCUUAACUUAUACGAGGCUGAUUUGGUGAACAUGAUGAGAAUUGAAAAGGGCCUGUAUAUAUAGAUAUAUUCUUACAGAAUAUUACAGUGAGCUCUUUCAUUUUGUUUCUGAGAUCAGGCCAAAGUUUUCUGGCAUUGAUUGCACGCAGCCAUAGUGAUUUUUGUGUCAGUUGUUUUACAGAGCGCAGUUUAUUCUCUUGUCUGACCGCAUGGUGGUGAAUUUUGUCCAGAUGUUUGUGGAAGUGCACUUUCUUUCUGGGUGAAGAG